CGGGAUGGCGGGGCUGGAGCUGCUGUCGGACCAGGGCUACCGGGUGGAUGGCAGGAAAGCCGGGGAGCUGCGCAAGAUACGGGCCAGGAUGGGAGUGUUCGCUCAGGCCGAUGGCUCCGCUUAUAUCGAGCAGGGGAACACCAAGGCCCUGGCUGUGGUAUAUGGGCCCCAUGAGAUCCGCGGCUCUCGCAGUAAAAUGCUCCACGACCGCUCAGUGGUGAACUGCCAGUACAGUAUGGCGACCUUCAGCACCGGCGAGAGGAAGCGCCGCCCCCACGGGGACCGCAAGUCCAGCGAGAUGACCCUGCACCUAAAGCAGACGUUCGAGGCCGCCAUCCUCACCCAGUUGUACCCGCGCUCACAGAUAGAUAUCUACGUGCAGAUCCUGCAAGCAGACGGGGGCAACUACUGCACAUGUGUGAAUGCCGCCACCCUGGCCGUGAUCGACGCCGGCAUUCCCAUGCGCGACUACGUGUGCGCCAGCUCGGCGGGCUUCAUCGAGGACACGCCCCUCGCGGAUCUCAGCUACGUGGAAGAAGCCGCCGGAGGGCCCCAACUCGCCCUGGCCCUCCUCCCCAAGUCGGAUCAGAUUGCGCUGCUGGAGAUGAACUCGCGGCUGCACGAGGAUCACCUGGAGCGGGUGAUGGAUGCCGCGAGCAAGGCGUGCAAGGAUGUGUACGCUGUCCUGGAUCAGGUGGUGCGGGAGCACUUACAGGAGCUCACUACCCUGCUGGGGGACCGCACAGCAGCUUGAAUCUGAUUGGCUCGGCUAGUUUGGGCUUCCUGCCCAGGCAACUCACUCGAAUGACGAUCUACUUUCUCUCAGGACUGCGUAAUAAACAGGAGGGGGUGGGGCCUGACUUGUAUCUUGAAUUACAGGUAAUGGGGUGGGUUUACCUUUAAGUUAACUAUUAGUAUGUUAUAGAUUGGCCAAUUCUGAGCAACUUUUCAAUUGGUCUUUAUUAUUUAUUUUUGCUUCUGACUCUUUGCAUCUUUCAAAUGGGGGUCACUGACCCCGGCAGCCAAACCCUAUUGCUCUGUGAGGCUCCAGUUUUAUUGUUAUUGUUACUUUUUAUUCCUUAUCUUUCUAUUCAGCCCCUCCCCUAUUCAUAUACCAGUCUCCCAUUGAAACAACUCCCUGGUUGCUAAGGUAAGUUGCACCAUAGCAACCAGAUAGCUGCUGAAACUGGAGAGCUGCUGAACAAUAAGUGAAAGUAUUCAAAAACCACAAAUAAUAAAAAAUGAAGACCAAUUGCAAAUAGUCUCAGAAUAUCUCUCUCUACAUCGUACUAAAAGUUAACUCAGGUGACCGACUCCUUUUCAUAUUUUGGAUAUUAAAAUGAAAAGUGAUAAAAAUAUUUUUGUUAUAAUA